UGUCGGACGGUGCAACGACGUCUUUACAAAAAACGUGGGAACAAAGGGGAGGGGGGGGGCAUGACAAGCGUUACUGCCGUGGCCCCCCGUACGCCAAAAAAAAAAACACAACCGCUACAAGAAAAAAAAACACCCAAAGAGAAGGCAUGUCGGACUGUGCAAACAACGUCUUUACAAUAAAACUUGGGGCACAAGGGGACGGAGGGGGAGAGGGCAUGACAAGCAUGGCUGCCAUAGCCCCCCGUACACAAAAAAACCACACACACACACUCUCUAAAUUCUCACACCGUGUUGCGCCCAAGACGACGGGGGCAACUACCGCAGCAGAGGAAGUAGGCGUUGCCGUAGCGGGCGAUGACGACACGGGCGUAGGGCUGGAAGCUACCCCCGCCGCGGACACGGGUGUAGCCGCCGCGGGCGAGGACGACAUGGGGGCUGGGCUGCCUCCUACCCCGGCCGUAGAUGCGAGUGUUGCCGCAGCAGGCGGAGUAGAAGCGGACGUACGGAGUGCAGCUCCUGCGCCGGGUGGUGUCGCCGCCGAGAUGGGUUUGGCCAAGAAGUAGCUGUCGGGCUGCUCGUACGCGGCCAUUAUUGCGGCUCGCAGUUCCAUCUUUUUUUGUUCGGAUGGUGCAUACUCCAACAUCCCCUUGAGGUCUGCAAUUUUCGCCUUUUUGGCCUCUCGAGCGUCCGCCAAGCGAGCCCUGCCUGCGGCCUCUUCAUCCAAAGACUGCCUCGACACAACAGCCGCCGACAGAGCUUCCACGGCCGUCACCAGCUUGCCUGUGUUGGUCUC